UGAAGAAUGCCUCUCGCACAAGCUCAACAUUAUAGACUUGGCAAGCAAUGGAGUCCACAGAACAAACGUUGCCACAAAACCCACGUACCGCACGGACGGCUGCAGAAGUGAGCCAAACCCCUGGCAUCCCUUCAGAGAUGUCUACAACAGUGAGUCUUCUUGCGAAAAGCGUUCAGGGGAUGCAAAAUUCAUUAGGGAGUGCUUACCAGUCAAUGGCCAACCAACUUAAACAAAGCAUGGAAAUGACACAGAAUAUGAAUAAUAUGAUGGAGCUAUUCCUGGUCAGCAGUCUCACUAUAACAUCAAGGAUUGAGCGCAGUGAUGACACGGACAAGCCCCUUCUCAUACUUACCACAGCAAAUAAUAGCCAGAUUCCUAUUCCAGCAGUGACUGGCGUACUUACAAUUGGAAAAGAUAACUAUGAAGAAAACAAAUUUGAGCGUUCUGUUGGCUCGCACGCGACUUUAUGUAGCAGCGUUAUUACGUCUAUAAAAAGAGGAAAUAAGGAGACAAGGAAGAUGCAAAGUUCGAUAUACAAGCGGAUCGAUGAUAAGGAAGUCGCAGGAGUCCACGAAUUAGAUGUCCUUUUACCGGGGAUGAAAUGUAUAGAUACAUUUGAACUCAAUCUGGAUGCUUUUGAGCCAUGGAUCAUACAGGUCGAGACCGGCCUUAAGAGCCCGGGAACGGGCAGAAGAUUAUCCAAAAAACAUGAGUGUUGCGUAUACUUGAUUGAUCAGUGUACAAUUCUAUGGUCUCCUGGUGAUGGAACUAGAGAGCAAGGGACAGAGUAUAUAAUUAACAUGAUGACAACGCCUCUUCGUCAGAUCCUCAAAGUUCCCGUAACAGAAGGGAUCAAUGUGGGUAUGAGGGUAUCGCUAAGCUCUUCAAGGGGUGAGUACAGGAUAGAAGGGACUGUAGGCGAGAUAUCGGAAGAUAAGCAGGUUGUUGAGUUGUGGAUGUGGUCUGAAGAUAACUCUGCAGAAAUGCAAUAUAUUUUGGAGCGCAUUUGCAGGGAGUUAAGUAUUUUGGGCGAAUGCUCAGACCAACAACAAAUAAAGUAAAUAAAAAAAGUGUGACAGCCGCCUUCCACUUUUUCUG